AUGUCAUCUUGGGCAGAGAAUUUCACAACUGCAGCGACUUGGCAAUUGAAACACCAAAUCGCUUAUUGGAAGUCAAAAGCGAAGGCAUUGGAAUAUGAAAACAAACUACUACAUGAUAUUAUUAAGAAAAAUUACACAAGCGACCUUCCUGUACAGGAACAAAAGGUCAAGAAAGAACAAAGUUUGAAACACGAGUCUAAUAUCGACGACGAAGAAAUUUGCGAAGAAAAUAAUGAAAUUGAAGUGAGCGAGGAGUUUAUACAGUUUUUGAAAGAUAAUGCGAAGUUUAAAGAAGACGCUAGACUGGAACGCGAAAAGUUAAAAACCAAGUUAGAUUCAGAAAAUCCCCAGGAUGCAAACAUGUCUGAGCCUUCUAACAAAGCAGAGAGUUCUGAGGAAAAAUUAAAGGCCUUGUAUGGAAAAGAUUGGCAGAGGAUGUGUGCUUUAGAAAUGUCACUAGAAUGUGUCCAGAAGAGCUAUAAUCAACACUCGUGCAGUUCUGUUUGGGGCCUGGCAAAAUAUCUUCAAUCUCAUGUUUCAAUGUGGGUGGCUUUCAAUGCUGGUGCCUUUUUGGUAUCUGUGGCGAACGAUAACAUGGAAACUAUCGAACUGGCUUAUCUGACAAGAUUGACUGAUGAACUAUCUGAUAUUGAACGUUUAACUGGACCAUCGCAACAUCGGAAGCUAUUUUAA